UGGGAGGGAAACAAAUUCAACGCGGGCGAUACAAAACCCUUCACCAUUUGCAACACUGUGUGAAGCACGCGACGACAGCAAACACUCCAGCUCCCACUAAAGGCCUAGGGCCGCAGACAGACGAUCGCCCAUCCCGACGGUCAACGCAACAGCAACUGGACCAAAUGUGUAGCAGCGGCGGCAACAGCAGAAGAAGCAGCAGCAGCAGCAGUAGUAGUAGCAGCAACAACAUCCGCACAAACACCAUCCUGGAUCGGCGACGACGGCUAGCGCAGCUGACAAAAUGGUGCACCCUGUUCAUCAUUUUAGAGUCUACGAGCGUUGGAAGCGGUUUGAUCACACCACCCAGUAGCAGCACCACGCCCGCCAGCACUGUAACAACCACCACUAGUAGCAGCAGCAGCAGUACAACUACCACCACCACCAUCAUCAACACUAGUGGCAGCAGCACUGGCAGCAGUUGGCUCGAAAGUACGAGUCCCUCCAGUGCCGGCGGCGGUCCGUACACUUCGCCCUCAGCCACCGCGCUUCCUGCGUUCGAGGCGCUGCCCCGGUUCGAAGCCCUCGUGCAGGACAGCCCCAACAGCUCCCGGGGCAAAACGCUCCCGCUGGUGGGUUCGGGUGCGCUCAAGGUAACGCCAUCCCAGCCGGCGCUCGAGGGAAGCAAGCGUGGCCCGACUGGCAGUAGUAAUAGUAACCGAGACGGCAGCAGCAGCAGCACCACCACCAGCGGCUAUGACUCGCCCGCUUCCCGAAGGACACCACCGCUGUCGAAGGUGGUGGCGGCCACGGGUACCACCAUCGCACCGGUUGGAAUGGCCGCUGCAGGCAGCAGUAGUUUUAGCAAAAUCUCUAGCGCCAAUCUAAUACUCGCCGAGAGCGGCGGUGCCGAGUCGGCCAAGAUUGGACCGGGCCAGAAGGUGCCGGUGGGAUUUUCGGGCAGCAGCAGCACCGCCAAGACUGCAGCGGCCGGAAAGUCGGCCGGUAGUAGACCACUGGCCGCGUCGGAGCAGGAGCCGAGCGGUAAUCGGCUCGAGGGUGGCGAACUGACCACCACACCCGAGGGUAACUUCAGCAAGAUGUACUUUGAAACCGAUAACCACACGACGAUCGCGUCCCAGGUCGGCUCGAUAGCGGUGCUGCCGUGCGCGGUGCGCAACAUCGGCGAAGGCGUGGUGUCGUGGAUAAGGCGGAAAGAUUAUCACCUGCUAACGAUCGGCUUCACCACCUACAGCAGUGACGAGCGGUUCAACAUCAUCCACUCGGAGGAUACCGAGGAAUGGCCACUGCAGAUCAAAUACGUCCAGCUGCGGGACGCCGGGCUGUACGAGUGUCAGGUUUCGACCCAUCCGCCGACGUCAAUCUUCGUCAAGCUGGACGUGGUUGAGGCAAAGGCAGAGAUUUUUGGACCGUCGGAAAAGUAUCUCAAACCGGGCUCGAUGCUCCGGUUAACGUGUCGCGUCGUGCAAAGCAACGAGCCACCGCUGUACAUAUUCUGGUAUCACAACAAUCGCAUGAUUAACUACGAUGCGCACCGGGGCGUGAACGUGUCAACGGAGGCGGACAAUCGGUACUCGGAGCUUGUCAUUUCACACACGAAUACACUCAACUCGGGGAACUAUUCGUGCGUUUCGAACAACGCUGUCGCUGCUUCUACGCUGGUGCAUAUUCUGAACGGUGAAAACCCGGCCGCCAUGCAGCACGGUGACCAUGGGAAUGCGGUCCUGGUGGCGUCACACAUUCAUCUGCCGCUGGCAGUUGUAACAUAUCAGGUCAUCAAUUUCGUCUUAAAUAUGCAUUGAGUUCACUGCACAAGGAGGCCAGCGAUGCCAACGACUAACGCGCCGUUGUACGUAGAACGGCGGAUGGGACGGAAGCUGCAAAACAAAAACAAAAACAAAACCAACACACACAGACAAACAGAAACAGGUAUGCUGUAGCAUAGUGGGAUACAAGCGAUAGUCAGACGAAACGUUGAACCUCGAGCAGAGAAAUCUGCUUCCUGUUCCUGUUCACCUGGCAAGCUCGAGAAUCCGGGAGGACAAACUAAUGACAAAAAACAAAAACAAAACAAAAAAAAACUAGACGAAUACAAAUCGAGCCAUGUUCAAUGUGCACAUUAAAACAGCUCCCCCCACUCACCGAACCCUGGUGGCUAAGGGGUUGCAGUUUUGUGUAAAGUAAUUACGAUCGACGUUUAGCUCACGGUCGAGUGAGCACAGCGUUACGGAGCGGAAACUCCGUACAUCCGCUGAGUGAUUAAUUAAGAACAGCCCAGCAUGGAACCACGCAUUGUACAUAUAGGUAAACGAAAUGGCAUAAAUCAAAUUUAACGUAGCGUUUGAUGUAACUUUGUAUGGUAUUUGUAAAAGCUAGUAAAUAAAAUAAAAUAAAAACUACAUCGGGGCUAAAACUGGCAGGCGUACCCGAUUGCCCGAUUCGUUUCCAACAUCAUUCCACAUUCCACAAACGAAACAGAGAUAAAUUUCGUUUUGUCAGUAACGCAAACUUGAAUUAAGUUGCUGGAUGUUCUGUUUGUGUCAUUUAAUUUCACUUCUAAAGCUCUUCAUUUAACAUUUAAAAUUAGUUUACCGAGGGUAAGCCAACAUGGAUGGAAUAUUUAAUAGAAAAUCACUCUUUCAAGUCAAGCAGAGCGGGACGGUACGCAUUUAAAACACUAAUUAGAGAGAGAGAGAAUGAGAACAAAAACAAAACACUCCUUUUCCAUGCCGAUGGAACAAUGCAAAUAAAGUACGAAACUCGUAACUAAAACGGUUAAGGGUGAGCUGGAACAGCGUAAUAGGUAGGGAACAAGAACGAUGAUUAAAAAAAAACAAAAAACCCCAACUGUAAAACCCAUUUGCCCGUCUUUGAUGAGCGUUGUUUGUGAAGAAUAAACGUUGAAAAUGAUAAACAAAAACUCUGUUAGCUAAGUGUAGAGUCGGUGCUGGUUGAACAAAGCAAAAAAAAAAUGAAAAAAAAAACCCACAAGAAAACUAACAUUCAAAAGCAAACCAACAGAACUACUGAAAGCAUUCUUUCUAAAGUAAAACUACACUUUACAGACACACACACAAACACAAAGAACUACAACAAAACGCGUCGCCGAAGUGCAGAAGGUUGAUUCACUUGACGGUAGGAAGAUUGUAUAUAAAAAGAAAGGAAAAAGUUGAAGUAAAAAACGAUGCCCAGCAAAUAAGACAACACAACCGACAAAGAGAGAAAAAAAACGAGCAUGUCCAAAUACAAAUAACAGUUAAUGAUGCCACGAAGAGAAAGGAAAACUCUCCCUACCGUGGUAAUAAGGUAAUACCGUGGAAAUUCUCCAAACUGAAACCAACAACAACAAAAAAGACACAUGGAAUCAGUGAAAAGUAACGAAGCGGUGAGAACAAAGAACAAAAAAUAACGCAAGAACAACCCUAACCCUGUGAGCGAUGGAGGAAGAAAAAAGGGACAAAACCACCUUGCGCCAACCAAGCGCCACGGUUUGGCAAGCAGGCAAACUGUUUUCCCUCUUUUGCGGGUGCAAAUCGAAGCAUCCGUGUACCACUGUGAGAUAAAAGCGGUUUAAUAAAGGUAAAUAUAUUUGGAUUAA